AUGGGUAAAGUACCAAAUAAAAAAAAAUAUAAAUCAGCAAAGUCUUCACCAAUUAUAAAUAAUGCUAGCAUUUUAGAAUCAAAUGAUAAUAACGACUUUCUAACACAAGCUUCGAGAAGCUCGGAUGUGCUCCCGGUUAUUAAGCAGCUGUCUUCAGCUGAUCCUAUUGAGCGCGCAUGGGCAGCAAGUUGUGUAUCCAACCUCAUAGCAGGCGAAGAAAAAAUUCGUCGUCUCUUAUUAUCAAAGAAUCUCAUAAGUUUGUUAAUAGAACGGUUAACGGAUGAUGUUUAUGAAGUAAUAUAUGAAAGUGUAGGUACAUUAAGAAACUUAACGGUUAUAGGGGAGUAUGAAAUAUGCGCUGAAAUGUUCAAUAAAGAUAUUCUGACCCCUUUAAUGAGUCUUAUUUCAAAGUUAUCUAUAAUUAUUGACAACAUGUUAAAAGGAAUUUCAUAUGAAUCUGAUCCAAUUAAAAAUGCAAGAAAUAAUUUAUGGAUUUUUGCAGAAAACAUUAUUUGUAUUAUAUGGGCUUUGAGUGAAACUUCACAGAAGAUACUCAGAGGAAUUAAUAAUAUGAAUAUAGUUCAUUUUCUAAUGGCUUUUUUUAUUAAUAUUGAAAAAAUUCCAAUAAAAACAGUCAUUGCUGCUGCACAAUGUCUUCACACAAUUACAGACGAAAACUCAGACAUACAUAGACAGUUUGAACUAAACCCACAAUACAUACAAAUAUUUCUGGAUAUUAUAAAUCUCGAAAGAGAUAUAACAUUGAACGAUGAUGAAUUACUUAUAAAAGUUUUAACUAAAUUUAACAACGACAUAAAUAAUUAUUUAAUUCCAAUACUAAAAUCUUGUUUAAAUGAUGAUAUCGAAAAAGUUGCUAACGAAACUAUCGAGGCAGCUUCGAAUGUAGUUGCAUCGGAUAUUGCAACAGAGCAUCCUAAAGAUUUGUCCACAUCAGAAGAGGAAAAGCUUAUUAGUCUAAAUUCGAGAUUAACGACUUUGCAACUUGCCCUCGAAUUAUUAUCAAAAAUUUGUUUGGAAUGUUUCACCCAAGACGAUGACAACUAUCAGGAUGAAAUACAAAAUGAAGAAAAUGAAAUUGAUUUCAACAAAAUAAAAAUUAUGGAUGUUGAUCCAAUGUCAAAUGAUACUUAUGAUCAAACUUCUAUCAAUAGACAUGAACAUCCCAUUUUGAAUACAUUCUCCACUAACAUAAUUUCAGACCUUAUUCGUUUAUCUAGACCAACUUCUCUUUCAUAUCCUGAACAGUUAGGGUAUAAUGUUAUACCUAAAAAUUCAAUUGCGCCUGCAAUUACAGAAUCACUCGCAACAGUGCAUUUAAGAGCGGUUGAAUGUAUGAAUAACUUCUUUUUGAUAAUGGUAGAUAUUGUCGAAGAAAAAUGGUGGUUUACUAAACACCGCAACGCUGCUAAAGAAACAUGGACAAGGAUUGUUGAAGUAGCAAAUCAGGUUGCAGGCAAGGGUGUGAAGGUCGGUGAAGAAGGCCCAGGACAAAAAAUGAGGGGUACCGUAUUGGAAGCUCUGGUUGGAUGUUUAUGGAUUUUGGCUAGAGGUUUAAACGGUGAUUUGCCACUUGCGGAAAAUCAAAUACAAUCAUUUAUUCAAUGUUAUAAGUCUACUGUAUCGGAAUCUAUGCGUGUUAAAUUGAUUGGUACAUUAGGUGUAAUUGCCAGGAGACAUCAUGCGAUAGAAGAUAACAAGUUAAUUGGUGCAUUUUUGGUCGAAAUAAUACAAGAUUUAUCUCGAACAGUUUCUCCUCCUAUUGAUUGCAUUACAGAAUCUUUGAAUGCUAUAUAUGAUAUAUAUGCAGAUAAGGAUUUUGAUUAUGAUGAACCUGUGUUUGUUCAUGAGGGUUAUUUACAAAUGUUGGAAAGUGUAAUUGACAAUGUUCAUAAUAUGGCUAAAUCAAUCGAUAAACGAAAAUCACCAGAGCAGCGUCUUCGUGUGGAUGAGGCAUACACAAAUCUUGUUGCUUUCAUUAGGUAUAAAAAAGAUGAGCGUUUAUAA